CUCUUGUUUUGAUUCUAUAUUUGGCAAUAUGCAUUUUCUUGUUCUUGGCUGGCGAGCUCGAGUGCAUGUUAGUUGCUGUCUGGUCUGAUGCGAUCCGGUCGGAAAACGAUUUACUGAAGUGGGAAGUUCUUAGAUUCGUGUUCUUUCAUGAACCCACCUCCUGUUUAAUUGUAUCUGUGACAAAGCUUGCAGAUUUUCAAGUGAUGAAUUCGAGAAUGGGGCCUCAAACGAACUUUGGAAACUUUGCCGAUGUGCCAGCAGCCGAAAGAAGCACUGAAAGGCAACCAGGAAUUCCGCCAUUAUCUCGACAACCCUCGGUAUAUGCCUUGACUUUCAAUGAGUUUCAGAGCACAUGGGGUGGACUUACUAAGGAUUUUGGAUCAAUCAACAUGGAUGAGCUCCUGAAGAACAUAUGGACAGCUGAGGAUAGCCAACUACAACUACAAGCCACGGCGCCUUCUAUCAUUGGAGGGGAAGGAGGUGGUCAAGUGGGGAAUUUGCUGAGAAAGGGGUCAUUGACUCUGUCGCGGACUCUUAGUCAAAAAACAGUUGAUGAAGUGUGGAGAGAUUUGUUCAAAGAGACGGAGGAUGUGAAAGAAGGGAGCGGAGGACGAGGUGACAUAAAUUUGCCACAGAGGCAACGGACUUUGGGAGAGAUGACAUUAGAGGAGUUCCUAGUGAGAGCCGGCAUUGUGAGGGAGGGCACACAAAUGAUGGCAAGGCCCAGUGACAAUGGAUUUCAUGGGGAAAUAUCACGAUUUACUAGUAAUGGUCUCACCAGUAGUGUGGCUGCUGGAAACAAUGACAUAUUCUUUAGUAAACCUGCUGGUUCGCCGUUGGAUUUUAUUGGUACUAGACCUUCUCAGCUACAGCAACAACCACAGCCACAGCCACUUGAACCACCGGCUUCGCUUUUUCCUAAGCCGGAAAAUGUGCCAUUUGCAUCCUCUGUGCAUCUAGCAAAUACGGCUCAUAUAGCAAGUCCAGGGUCAAGGGAUACGAUUGGAAUCGCACACUCGUCGUUAAACAAAACGUUUGUUCACAGUGAUGCUAUCCAGGCUGGAGGACAUUUGGGCCAGACAGGUUUUGCUGUUGGAUCUCCGGCAAAUCUGGUAUCGCCGGAUGCAAUUUCCAACAAUAGUGCAGAUGUAUCCUCGUUGUCACCAGUUCCUUAUGCUUUUGGCCGUGGAAGAAAAUCCAAAGAUGUAUUGGAGAAAGCAGUUGAGAGAAGGCACAAAAGAAUGAUAAAAAAUAGGGAGUCUGCUGCCAGGUCAAGGGCUCGCAAGCAGGCCUAUAAUUUGGAACUGGAAGCAGAAAUUGCAAGACUGAAAAAAAUAAAUCAGGAACUACUUAGAAAACAGGCUGAAGUCAAGGAAAUGCAGAAGGAUCAGAUCUCACAGAAGGCGAAUGGACUGUACUGGGAAAAUAAGAGGCAGUGCUGCUUGAGGAGGACGCUGACAGGUCCAUGGUAGAUUUGAUGGAUCGGACAGCGUAUGUUUGCUUUGAACCGAUUGCCGGAGUGUGGCAUUGCAUCUUUACUGUGUAUCAUUGCCGUAGUUGGCAGUCUUAUUCCAAUCUUGUGUCACAAAGGAUGCGUAUUACUUGUAAUAAGAUCAAAGCCACUUGAUUUGUUUUGAGUAAUUAGCGAAUUUUUUCUUUGGUAA